AUGGCGUCCAGCCAGAGCCACGAAAAAGACUUAAGUGCCGCCUGCAGGAGCGAAGAGUGCCACCAGUACGCGAAGCGGCUUCGCGAGUCGCUCAACGAGUCCGUGGACCCGUGCACCAACUUCACGCGCUACGUGUGUGACGGAUGGCGUCGAAGGCACCAGCUCUCAGUGGCCGAGGAAGCCUUCAUGUGGACCUUCGACAGGAUGUCGAAAUUUGUUCGCACCAUCGAAGUCCCGCCCCACCACCAGACCGCCGUCACACGGGCGGCAGCGUUCUACCGCAGCUGCGUAAGCGUGCUUCGAGGCGAGCGCGACGAGUUGUCGCGAGUCAAGCGCGCAAUGGCCGCCGCUGGCAUCACGUGGCCCAAAAAGCCCAAGGCCGUGCCGGACUUGCUGCACACGUUGCUUUACGUUCAUCUGCAGCUUCGCUGGAGUGUGAUCUUUAGCAUCGACGUUACUAACAAGAGCGGUCGUUCGAUCACGCUGCGCUUGAUACCAUCAGUAGAAACGGCGCCCCUUAGAAAAACCCUGGAGCUGAUGGGAGAGCCGAACAAAGCCAUAGAGUAUUUCAACACCCUGGUAUCGGCAUUCGGUGAGCCCGCGAAACAUGACAGCGAGCGCGUGACUUUCACUCAGACCAAAUACGUUGAAACCAAAGUGUUCCGUACUAUUUACAGUGGUCUAUUAAAAGGCAGCGAGGAGCCGCAGACUCUAAACACCACCUUGUUGUUCCAAAGUGUGCCAAAUCUCUCGCAGGCCCGCUGGAGAUACACGUCUCGUUCUGUAGGCAUCGCUGAGCACGUUCUGCUCGAGACGUCGUAUCCAACAUAUGUGAGGCAAUUCUUUGGCUUGUGGAGGGACCUAGGAGAGUCGCGUCUCCACCUGUUCUUGUCAUGGUACACCAUUCAGAUGGCGGCGCUCUUCUCCAAUCGGCUACUCAUCGAAAAUUUUUACGGGAGCGAGAAGGGCGCGCUCCUGCGACACGGUGCGUUCUGUUUCAGCAAAGCCUACCUGCUGUCGGGAGCCACUGUGCUUCGCUCGUCAUCAAGUUACGCGCUGGUCGGUGACGCUCGAGCCCAGGCCGAGCAGCUGCUGUGGAGCAUUCGCGAAGCAUUCUCGCGACGUCAGCAGGGCUGGCCGUACGACGAAAGCGCCGCCAUCUCGAAACUCCUGGCCCUGAGUGAUCAAGAAUUUGCCCUGAGCGCAUUCGCGGUAUUCGACGAAAAUACCACCGACAACACCGUAUCCCAGCACAUCGGCCACGGAGACAUUACGUCCUCGCUCGUCGACAACUGGAUGGCGGCGCCCCUGCCACACGUAACCAACGUUUCGCACAUCGCCUCGACGGCCAUCGAGAGGCUCUCCUUCGCGACAGCAACCACCGACGGCAGAGUCGUGCUGAUGCCGUACGCUUUCUCUUUCCCCUUCUUCGACGCGCGUGGCACUCGGGCGAUGAACUACGCGGGCGUUGGUUUCCACAUCGCUUACGCUCUCAGCCAGCUGUCCCUCCUACCAUACAUAUCCGACAUACACGGCCCGCUCUAUCGAUUUUACAACUGCACCGGCAUGUCAUCCAACGCGACCAACAGCAGUUCGGAGCGGAUCCUGGACGCUUUUUCUGCGUUCACUACGCAAGCGCUGUUCGACGCUUUCGUCAACGCAUCGGCCUCGUUGGGCACCAGCGACAGCCUGCCCGGACUGCCCGCACUGUCGGGCUCUCGUCUAUUCUUCGUGUCUCUAUGUUACGCCAAGUGUCGGGGCAGCUGGACGGGAGGUCUCACCGAACCCGAAUGCGGAGGCUUCCUGCCGUACGUGGAGGCGUUUACAAAAGUCUUCGGCUGUCAGGACGGCAAGCCCAUGAAGCCGGUCAAGAAGUGCGAAGUAUUUUGA